GUCAACUAGUUAAGUCAUGCAGCUACCUUUGCGUCACCGCGGCGGGGAGCAGGUGGGAUUCUUCGUCUUAUUAGGUAGCUGGGAAACGCCCAGUGCCACGACGGCACGACACCGAGCAGCAGUUUGCUUGCUCUAAGCUCAAGGCAUGAGCAGCCGAGCAGAGGCGCACUCAAACGAGCAUGAGCUCACGGCAUCGUCAUCUCCUUCGAGAUCAGCGCCGUCGCCGGGUGCCCUGCACGCCCCGCGCGCGCAACUACCGUUCAACCCCUAACUGCCUGUCCGCCGGCGUCUAUAUACCCGGCACGCAGACACCGUGCGCCUGAUUAUCGGCCAUGCUUUAGAGCUUUAUUAGUUAGUAAAGCACCCUGCAGAUCUCUCGCACGUAAUUCUUCCUUGUUCCCUUCCCCUUCAUGCCAUUAUUGCCAACCCUCAAGCCUGCAAAAACAAGCUAAGGGGCGCUCUAGCCACUUAGCCAGGCCAUAGGCUUCCCCUGCUGGCUCCAGGUUCAGGGCCGGGCAAAUGGGAUCCAGCAGCCGACCACCACCGCGCACCCAGGACUUCUUCCCGGCUCCGGCGCUCUCCCUCUCGCUUGCGGGUGGGUUUGGCCGGAAUGAGCCGGCGGCGUCUGGUGGGGAGGAAGUGGAUGCUGGCGAUGAGGGCGGCGGCGGGAUCAGACUGAGACCAGGCGAGGCGGCGGAGAUCAGCAGCGAGAACACGGCGGCGGGAAGCCAGCAGUCCGGCGGGGAGGAAGCAGCGGGGCAUGGAGACGGGGGCGACAACAAGAGGAGGAAGAGCUACCACAGGCACACCGCCGAGCAGAUCAAGGCCAUGGAAGCGGUAUUCAAAGAGUCCCCGCAUCCAGACGAGAAGCAGCGGCAGCAGCUGAGCCAGGAGCUCGGCCUCUCCGCACGCCAAGUCAAGUUCUGGUUCCAGAACCGGCGAACUCAGAUCAAGGCAACCCAGGAGCGGCACGAGAACGCGCUGCUCAAGUCCGAGCUGGAGAAGCUCCAGGGGGAGAACCGCGCCAUGCGGGAGCUCGCCAAGAAAUCGCCACGCUGUCCGGGCUGCGGCGCCGCCGCCGCCGCGAGCACGGAAGAGCAGCAGCUCCGGCUGGAGAACGCCAUGCUCAAAGCCGAGGUGGAGAGGCUGCGCGGGACCCUGGGAACCCCUGCCGCCGACGAGCUCGCCGUCGCCGCCCCGGCCUCGCCGUCGCCGCCCCGGCCUCGCCGUCGCGCUCGGCUCGCGCCAUCCGGAUCGGCUGCGGGCGGCGGCGGCCUUUCGGGACACGACAGAACGAGGAUCCUGGAGCUGACGGCGAUGUGCUCCGCCGGGGAGCCGCUCUGGGUGCGCAGCCUCGAGACCGGCCGCGACGUCCUCAACUACGACGAGUACGCGCGGCGGUUCCAGCGCGGCGGCGAUGAUCCCGCUGGCGGCGGAGAGCAGCGGGCCGGGUGGUCGGUUGAGGCGUCGAGGGAGACCGGGGUUGUUUUCCUCGACACGACGCAGCUCGUGAAUGCUUUCAUGGAUGCGAACCAAUGGAUGGAGCUAUUUCCUACCAUGAUCUCGAAGGCCGCGACGCUGGCUGUGAUCCGUGCCGGCCAGAAUGAUGACAAAGACGGUGUCGUGCAACUGAUGUUCGCAGAGGUCCAGACGCUGACACCAUUGGUACCGACGAGGGAGUUGAGCUUCCUUCGCCACUGCAAGAAGCUUACCGCCGACAAAUGGGCCGUCGUCGAUGUCUCCGUCGACAACGUUGAGCCGGAUGCACGGACGUCGUCGACGGCUUCCAAGUGCUUGAAGAAGCCCUCAGGGUGCGUCAUUGAAGAGCAGACCAACGGCCGCUGCAAGGUGACCUGGGUGGAGCACGCCACAUGCCGCAACGCCGCGGUCCCGUCGAUGUGCCGGCCGGCGGCCGCGAGCGGCCUGACGUUCGGCGCCAGGCGCUGGGUGGCGGCGCUCAGGCUCCAGUGCGAGCGGAUGGUCUUCUCGGUGGCGACCAACAUUCCGGCAAGGGACUCAGCCGGUGUCGCCACACUGGCGGGCAGGCGGAGCGUCCUGAAGCUCGCGCACCGGAUGGCAUCGAGCCUGUGCCGCGUCAUCGGCGGAUCGCGGGGCCUGGCGUGGAGCGGGCAGGCGUCGAACAGCGGCGGCGUCCGCGUGACGUCCCGGAGGAACGCCGGCGACGACCCUGGCGAGCCGUGCGGGCUGGUCGCCUGCGCCGUGCUGUCGGCGUGGCUGCCAGUGAACCCGGCGGCUCUCCUCGACUUCCUCAGGGACGCGUCGCGGCGGCACGAGUGGGACGUGAUGCUGCCGCCCGGGCGGCCCGUCCGGAGCCGCGUCAGCGUGGCCAAGGGGAAGGACCGCGGCAACUGCGUCACGGCAUACGCCCCGGGAGAGCAGGACGGCGAGUGGAUCCUCCAGGACAGCAGCACCGGCCCCUGCGAGUCGACCGUGGCGUACGCGCCGGUCGACGCCGCGGCCCUGCGGGCGGUGAUCGACGGGCACGACUCGAGCGGCGUGGCCGUCCUGCCGUGCGGCUUCGCGGUGAUGCCGGACGGGCUGGAGUGCAGGCCCGCGGUGAUCACGUCGUGCCGGAAGGAGGAGGAGGAGAACAGGGCGGCGGCGUGCGGAGCGCUGGUCACCGUGGCGUUCCAGGCGCUGGCCAGCAUGUCGCCGGCGAACGACGGCGCGCUCCCGCAGGACGCCGCGGAGCAGUGGCGAAGCCAGCCCAAAAAAUGACAUAGGGCGGAGUUCAACAUCAAAAUUUUCGCACGGCCAAAGUGAUGCGCCGAAGAUUGCUGCCCGGUUGCAAGCGCCCGCGGCAGCGGUGCACGGGAUCCGCUGACACGGCUGGCGGGUGUCGAGUUGGGGUUGGGAUGGAUGCGGAGCGCCAUCAUGCAACGACAGCAAUGCGUCGGCGUGAGUGCCUGAGCGGGACUGCAGGCAGGGGGGUGGAUGGUGAACUGCCAAAGUUGCCAGCAGCGUCUGGUGGCAAGAAGACGCAGCGUUGGGCUGGGGCUAGGCUGAACCUCUUAAGAGGCUACAGCCCACUCGACCGGACGGUCCACGAGAUCACGAAGUCCUCUCGUGCAGUGCUCCAUUGGCCCAAUCUGAGUCUCGCAACUCUUGGCAGUAGAUGACCAUCGUCCUCACGUUCGGAGGAGGGGGGCGUCAUCGCACCGUCACGAGCCCCGAUCGGAGUUGAGAACGGGGGAUAUUGUCAGCACCCACGAACCGGAGGAAGCAUCUACCACUAUGGACAGCCCCACUAGAAAGCCUAGUGUUAGUUUUGGUGGUAGCGAAUGGGUUCGCUAGAUGUGCCUGCGCGCACGUAUCAAGCCCAACCCAUAUAAAUGCAAGAGAGUCGCUAGUUAAAAUAUUGAGUGCAUACGAGGAGGAGUAUCGAACAAAUUAUAUGAACUCUUACUCUUUACUCAAGUAAUUUGUCCUUUGAAAGUUAA